GCAGUCACAGACGCGCGCUCCGGCCCAGUCCAGCCGCGGCAGCAGCGCCUUGACUGAGGCCGCCCGCUGCAGAGGCCGAGCCCAGGGCGGACACGUGCGCCAGCCCCGCAGCUCCGGCCGGGGACCCGCUCCAUGUUGUUGACUCCUUGCGGCCGCCGCCUCCUGCCGCUCGCUCUCCUUUGCCAGCGGCAGUGUCAAGCUCCGGCCCCCAAAGUUCUGUUCCUGCUGGCCCACAAGUGGACACUGAAGUAGUCAGUGAAGAGAAUAAAGCGCUCAGUUCCACAAGAGACUUUGUACCGCUCUGUGCCUUUCGACAUGGAAGCUGUAGAAAUGACCUCCUUGAAACGACCUCAUUCUGAGGAUGAUGUGGCUAAUGUGGAUGAAAUUAAAAGGCAAAAGAUCUCAGAAGAGUCUUCUAAGACAGGAAGCAAUUCUGAGCAAAGCAUUGACAUUGUAACUGAACAACCUGGGAAACCUUUGCUUGAGGACAAGAAAGAUGAUAUAAUCCUGAAUGAAGAAGGUGAGGAGGAAGAAGAUAAUGAACUUGAGGAAAGUGAUGAAGAAGGGGACCCAGAGAGCUUUGCAGACAUGAUGAAGCAUGGACUAAUAGAACUUGAUGUUGGCAUUACAAAGUUUGUUAGCUCUCACAAAGGGUUUUCUGGAAUCUUAAAAGAGAGAUACUCAGACUUUGUCGUUCAUGAAAUAGGAAAAGAUGGGCGCAUAAGCCAUUUAGAUGACUUUUCUGUUCCAGUGGAUGAUGAGGAUCCUUCAGAAGAAAUAUUUACAGUUUUGUCAAAUGAAGAUAAGCAGCAUUUAGAAGAGCUCCAACUUUUUAAGAACAAAGAAACCAGUGUUGCCAUAGAGGUUAUUGAAGACACUAAAGAAAAAAGAACUAUUAUUCACCACGCUGUGAAAUCCUUGUUUCCUGGAUUAGAGACGAAAACAGAGGACCGAGAUGGGAAAAAAUACAUCGUUGCUUACCAUGCUGCUGGAAAGAAAGCCCUGGCAAAUCCAAGAAAACAUUCAUGGCCAAAAUCUAGGGGAAGCUACUGCCACUUCGUAUUAUACAAGGAAAACAAGGAUACAAUGGAUGCUAUUAAUGUACUAUCAAAAUUUUUAAGAGUUAAGCCAAAUAUAUUUUCCUACAUGGGGACCAAAGAUAAAAGAGCUAUUACAGUUCAAGAGAUUGCUGUUCUUAGAAUCACUGCACAAAGACUUGCUCAUUUGAACAAAUGUUUGAUGAACUUUAAGUUGGGAAAUUUUAGUUACAAGAACCAUCCGCUGAAAUUGGGAGAACUGCAAGGGAACCAUUUCACAGUUGUUCUCAGAAAUAUAACAGGAACUGAUGAUCAAGUACAGCAAGCAAUGCACUCUCUCAGGGAAAUUGGAUUUAUUAAUUAUUAUGGAAUGCAAAGAUUUGGAACCACGGCUGUUCCUACAUAUCAANCAGCUACAUUCAUAUUUUAAAUCAACUUGAAUUUUGUUUUGCAGUUAAAAUGUUAAUCUUAAAUUAUUGUUACAGCUGAGAAAGGAUAUUUAGUUAAAUGCAGAGAAGAGUGGGCAAAGACUAAAGAUCCAGCUGCAGCCCUCAAAAAACUGCCUGUAAAAAGGUGUGUGGAAGGACAACUUCUACGUGGACUUUCAAAGUAUGGACUGAAGAAUAUAGUGUCUGCAUUUGGCAUAAUACCAAGGAAUAAUCGUUUGAUGUAUAUUCAUAGCUAUCAGAGUUAUAUAUGGAAUAACAUGGUGAGCAAGAGAAUAGAAGAAUAUGGACUUAAAGCUGUAUCGGGAGACCUUAUACUUAAAGGAGGGACAGCUGUUCAUAUUGAAGAAGCAGAUGUUGAUGAUUAUACUAUCCAUGAUAUAGUGAUGCCAUUACCUGGGUUUGAUGUUAUAUAUCCGAAGCAUAAAAUCGGUGAUGCCUACAAGGAAAUGUUAGCUGCUGACAACCUUGAUAUCAGCAACAUGAGACAUAAAAUUCGAGAUUAUUCAUUAUCUGGAGCAUAUAGAAAAAUCAUAAUUCGACCCCAGAAUGUCAGAUGGGAGGUGGUUGCAUAUGAUGAUCCUAGAAUUCCAUUAUUUAAUACGGAUUUGGAUAAGCUGGAAGGAAAACCACCACCUAUUCUUGCUACAGAAGGUAAAUUCAAGGCCUUGAAGAUGGAAUUCUCUCUUCCUCCAUCCACUUACGCUACCAUGGCAAUUAGAGAAGUGCUAAAAAUGGACACAAGCAUAAAAAAACAGACACAACUGAAUACUAUAUGGCUACGCUGAACAAAUGCUCUAAAGUCAUGUAAAGAUUUUAAGAUGUAAAAGUGUUUUUUCAUAUUUACUUGUUCUGUGCAAACCCUAGUUUUGAUUUUGAAGAUUUGUAGUAAAAGAUUUGUAUUUUUUUAAGUUGUUUUUAUUAGCUUCAAUGAUUAUAUGCAAAAUGGUGUUAGUAAAAAUAAUAAAAAAUUUGAUUGGGGUUUUUUAAAUGACCUUAGUAAAUAAGGUGGAAAACCACAUCUUAAGAAAAAAGGGUCUUAGGACAGCAAUUCCAGAUCUUCAGUAAUUGCCUUUCCAGAAGUACAGUGAGUAUUCAACAUGCUUUCAUGAAUUCAGCACAGGAUAAAAUUUCUUGCAAGUGUGCUAACAUUACAGAUCAGGAAUGCUAAUUAGAGUAAGUUAGGCGAUGAAUAUUUAUAUUAAAGGAGUACAUUUAUGUCGCCUUAGAAGGCCAAUAGCUUUUGCACUGAUGUGGUAGAGGAUUCUAUUGGCAGAAUUUUUCAUGCCUUUUAUGUGAUAUAAACAUGUACAUCUGUUUUUAUUAGUUGAACUGUACAUUUUAUUAUGAAAAUGUUUAUGUGCAUUUUUCCCAUCUUUACUAUUACCUGUACCAAAGAACAGGUAAUGAAAACAAGUUAACCAAAAAGCCCAGAUGAGAGCUUGUAUCAACAACUAACUCCUUUGCACCAGCAUAUUUAGUGUGUCCAUUGCUGGCAAUGGAUGAGCAAGGCAAUCUGUAUCAUGGCAUGAAAGGAUUAAAAAGCCAUUUGAAAACAAUUGACAGCAGUUAGGUUGCAUUUUGACUUUAUAAUUUCUAAAACCAAACAAAUAAGAAACCUGUUUGUGCUGCUUGUGUUAAUAAAUCAUGUUAAAUAUGA